UUUCCAUGACGACGACGUGGGGGGGACCCGGGCGGGGUCGGGUCGGAGCGCAUGCGCCAUGCGCGCGGGACGCGGAACGUCUCCCCGAGUCGCCCGCGCUGCUGGUCCCGGGGUCCCUGUACCGCGGGCGGCCCCGUUCCCUCCGCCGGCCAUGGCCCCCCCGCCCGCGUGCCGGUCCCCGAUGUCGCCGCCGCCGUUGCUGCUGCUGCUGCUAAGUCUGGCGCUGCUGGGCGCCCGGGUUGGCGCCGAACCCGCCGGGAGCGCCGUCCCCGCGCAGAGUAGGCCGCCCAUGCGUGGACUGCCACGCCUUCGAGUUCAUGCAGCGCGCCCUGCAGGACCUGCGGAAGACAGCCUGCAGCCUGGACGCCCGGGUGGGCAGCGAGGCCCUGGGACAGAGGAGAAACUGAGGCCAGGAAAGAGGAUGUGACCAAAGUGUCAGGAAUGGGGGUCAGGCUGGGAAGGGUGGCGUGGAUCUUGUGUGGAUGCACAGGUUGGCUAAGGCCCCCUCCAAGCCUGGAUGAACAGGGGACCCUCAGGCCAUGGGUGCAGCUACAGAGUUCUUGUUUGUGCUGGGGUUUGUGCUUCUUCCUGGAAAGGGAGAAUUCCAGGAGGGAGAGAGCAGGGAAGACCCUGCCGGGUCCCGCCCCCACAGCCCCAGUGUCCUUGGGAACUCUCCAAAGGGCUCGGAUUGAGACAUGGAGCCCUCUCCCCCUCAUGGAGCCUGGAGCUGGGCUUUUGGGAGGAGCAGCCCCCACCCAUCCUUAGGCAUGAGGGUGAGAGGGAGUGGGAGACAGCGGACCCCUGCGAGUGCUGUGGGAGCUGGAAGAAGGCAGGUGGGCACUCAGGUGUGGUGUGGGCACCCGCAGACCGCAGGCAGGCCCCGCCAGUGGGAGCCAGCGCAGAGGGAAGGGAAGGCCAAGAGAAGGCUGGGAGGCUCUGGGUGUGGGGGUUAGAGCCAGGACCUCACGUUGUCUGUCUCAGGAGCAGGUGGAGAUAGGGCUGCCUUGGGUGGGCGGGGGCCCUGGGGAAUGUCCGUGGGCCGCUGGGCUGCACCCUCACACCUCUUGUUGCU